CUCGGGCCUCUGAAACACACACCCACACACUGAUUCCGGCGAUUGUGUCCCAUGGUGGUUGAUACUUUUCUUCUCCUAAUAAAUACCGAACGGACCAUUACUUUUUGCUACAUACAUACACAUACAUACAUACAUAAAUAAGCUAUAUAAAGAAGAAGAAAAGGCAGCGUCUUUCCCUCAAACUAUCCCCAACAAAAGAGAAAGUGAGAAACUGCCUUUCCUUCUGGUCUUUAACAACUGCCACCACCCAUUUUUUAUAUUCCGCAGAGUUUUUUCUAUCUACCUCUAUCAUUAGGUCCUUUUUGCCUUUCUGGGUUUUCGAUUUUUUUUUUGGGUUUAAAUUAUUUCUAUUUGUUUAUUCAUCGGUGUUUGUGUUUUCGACAAUUUUGGAGCAACACAUCGCCUUUUGAAGACUUGUCGUUGGAAAGGAGUUCGGUGACUGUACAAGUAACGGCUAUAAUUGGUGGGUCUGGUUGGGAGUGGAAGGGAGAGCGGAGAUCUACGUGUCCGGUGGAGGGUUUGAUUUACGAAUUUUACAUUUUUUCGGAGUUCGGAGUUAGGGUUAGGGACGGUUUGCUUUUUUUCGGGGCUGAUCUGUUUGGUUUGCAUUGGUGUGUCUUUUUUGGGAUUUGAAGGAGAGAAUAUUAAGAAUGUGGUGGAUGAUGAGUGAGAAUGGGGGGUAUUACUGCUCGAAGAAGACCGAUGAUAUAUGCGGCGAUGUUUGUGGCCAGGAAUCAAGCAGAGGUUUGAGCAUGUCUAGAAUUCGCUGCAUCCUUCGUGGUAUGGAUUUGAAGACCUAUCUACUUCUAUUCGUCCUUGUCCCAACAUGCAUAUUUGGUAUUUAUUUACAUGGGCAAAAGAUAUCAUAUUUCAUGCGUCCGAUAUGGGAAUCGCCGCCCAAGCCAUUCCAUGAUAUCCCACACUACUAUCAUGAGAAAGUGUCCAUGGAAAACCUCUGUAAACUCCAUGGUUGGGGGAUACGCGACUACCCAAGGCGUGUUUAUGAUGCAGUGUUGUUCAGUAACGAGUUGGACCUUCUUACGAUACGAUGGAAAGAACUCUAUCCAUAUAUAACCCAGUUUGUUAUUCUCGAGUCUAAUUCAACAUUUACUGGGUUGCCAAAGCCUCUUGUCUUUGCAAGCCACCGAGAAGAGUUUAAAUUUGUUGAGCCUAGAUUGACUUACGGAACUGUUGGUGGAAGAUUUAAGAAAGGUGAAAACCCUUUUGUUGAGGAGGCAUACCAGCGAGUGGCACUGGACCAGCUUCUCAAAAUAGCAGGUAUUUCUGAUGAUGACUUGCUGAUAAUGUCGGACGUGGAUGAGAUACCAAGCAGACAUACUAUCAAUCUUCUAAGAUGGUGUGACGACAUACCACAGGUCCUUCAUCUUCGGUUGAAGAAUUAUCUCUAUUCUUUUGAGUUUCUUGUCGAUAACAAUAGCUGGAGAGCUUCAGUACACAGAUACCAGGCUGGUAAAACUAGGUAUGCGCAUUAUCGCCAGACAGAUGAUAUCUUGGCAGAUGCAGGGUGGCACUGUAGUUUUUGCUUUCGGCAUAUCAAUGAAUUUAUCUUUAAGAUGAAGGCUUACAGCCAUUUUGAUAGGGUGAGGUUCUUUCGUUACCUGAACCCUGAUAGAGUUCAGAGAGUAAUCUGCAAGGGGGCCGAUUUAUUUGACAUGCUUCCCGAGGAGUACACAUUUAAGGAAAUCAUUGGAAAGAUGGGACCGAUUCCUCAUUCUUUCUCAGCAGUUCACCUCCCAUCAUAUCUCUUGGAGAAUGCAGAAAAGCUUAAAUUUCUCUUGCCUGGAAACUGCUUACGGGAAAGUGGGUGACUUCCUCAUUAUGCCUCUGCUGUAAAUUUCUGGUAAAGCUAGUUGAAGGUGAGCAUCUGUUUCUCCUUCUGAAGCAGUCAACUGCGCAAUUGAUGACUCGGUGCGUAAUCAAUGCUGCUGCUGCUGCUGCUCCUUGUGUCCAGCAAAAAUCCAUAGAAUAUUUGCGGAGUUGGAGAAAUUCUUGGGUUUUGUGGGUGUGAAUUUUUGUAUAUAACCCUCUUUCUUACAAAGUAGACAUUGAUCAGGAUGGAUCAAAUCUUUUGAAUAGGCAGGGAGCUUACUGUUUUGAGAACAUAACAUAUUCUUUGCAUCUAUUGACUCGCUUAAUAUUUUUUUUGGGAUUCAACAUAAACAUUUUUUCA